AGUUAAAAUAACAUGGCAGGUGUUGGAUUAAACGGGAGUGAGAGAAAAUUGUCUCAGAUGUUCCUGUUUCAUAAAAGCAAAAAGACAAAAGAAAAGAAUUUGAGCAUCGUACUUUGAAAUCAACCGUCUCUGAGUGAGUUCCUUUCAAGUGUGAACUUGCACCACUCUGCUGACUAAUUUCGAGCCAGAAAAAUCCCUCGGAGUUUCAAAACCUCAGCAUUGCAUAACUGUGUCUCCAGCCCAUAAAAGCAUGGUCUAAUUGUAGUCAUCAUUAUUUUUAAUUUACUCUUUAACAGUGUUGUGCUUGGGAUCACAACAUAUACCUGCUAUUUGACCUGAGAGGAAAAAUGAAAGCAAAACAGGCCCGGUUUUGUUUUAGAAACUUUAUAGGCACAUUAAGCAACUUUUUAAUUUGUUAAAAAUAAAUUUCUUGUGCCAGGAUGUGCUAAAAUUACCCUUUACAGGGCGACUGAAAAUUCUCUCAGCCCCCACUACCCUCUAACCUGAACUCUGACAAAGUCACGUAUCUCGCGAGAAGCAGUAACGCUUUACAGCAAUCCAUGUUUACACCUCAGAACAAAUUAGCUAUACUUAGUUAGCAUUUAAUGUCAUGUGUUUAUCAUGGUGGAGCCUCAGAAGAAAUAAAGAAAACAUUUAUGACAUGCUAACGCUGAGACCUGCUUCCAGCAUGUAGUAGACCGCAAACAUUGCUGAUUGGUUUGACAUAGUGAUGAACCACUCCUGUAGAAACUAAUGAAGGCAGAGGAGACAUUUCAGCUGUCAGAUUACGGUGUUAAAAAGACAAACGCGCAGCGAGGAGGAGAUUUUCAGUUUCGGUUUUACGACAAUAAAUUACAACGGACACUAGGGGGUGCCAAAAAUGCAAAGUGAAAAUAAAGGAAACCUAAAUGUGAAAAUCAGGUUUUUUUUUUUACAUCAAUGACUUAGAUUAGGAAUAUAUUGACCAAAUCUUUAUUUGUAUGAAGCCUUCCAAAACCAUUAAGGGUAGCCAAAAGAGCUGAACACAGCAAACAGAAACUUGGAUACUUCUACCUGUGUGGUAAACAAACACAAACUGGUGACACGGGUUUUACAGCAAAUCCAUUUGUUUCCUGUUCGUCAGAAUGCUUCUUGAGAUCAUCACAGAGUGAAAAACCCUUUCCUGAACAUGGCAAACAUCCUCCUUUCUCUCUGUCAGAGUCCCAUUGGUCCUGCUUGUAGUUUUGCUGUGUUGUUUUCAAUGCACUCCAGCUCUCAGGUUUUACCUGCUCAAGGCUAUGAAUUACAAAGAAAAAAGGCGUGGAUAAGACUUAAAGACAGGCAGCUGGGCCUGCGCCUGUCGAGACUCGACUGAGUCGCUUUGCUUCAACAAUAAAAAAGUUAUCACCCAAUCUCGUGACCAUAAAUAAGGGCUGACUUCAACCUGAGGAAGUUUGCAGCCGCAAACGAAACGUAGUGGGAAAACAGACCUAUCGGAAUGGCAUACUCUACUUCCACGCUCGCACAAGGUUGCUUUGGUAAGGUGUACAAAGAGAAAUACGACGACACCUGGGCAGCAGUAAAAAAAGUUCCCCAACAUCUCAUAGAAAGGAGGGACUUGGAGAGAGAAUGCCUUGUGUACAAUAAGGUUGUACAUCCCAACAUUGUGAAACUUCUGGGCAACAUCAGUCUCAAAGAUGGGAAGUGGAUUAUUCCAUUAGAGUUUAUCUUUGGGGAGGAUUUAGAAACGACAGUCUUCAAGACGGCAAAGUCUAAGAUACAGCUGACUCCUGCAAAUAAAGCCACGAUCAUCAGCGGCAUGUGUGAAGGACUGCUUCAUCUUCAUUCCAAAGAUGUUGUUCAUCAAGAUCUCAAGCCUGAAAACAUCAUGGUGGAACACAACACUAACAGAGCUGUCAUCAUUGACUUGGGACUCGCCAAGUUUUACAGACAAGGAUUAAACUCUGCAAUUGACAUGGGAAACGAGGCCUACUCGGCUCCUGAGGUUCUACAGAGGAAAUCCCAGCGGAGUCAGCGCUCCGAUGUUUGGGCCAUGGGGAAGAUCAUUGCUGAGGUCUGUGCACGCAUCAGACUGUACACGCCAAGCGUCUGUCCUGCCAAGAUCGUGGCGACACUGAAGGAUAAUCCCUACUGCAGUGUGGUGUGUAGGAUGGUGGAGCCAGACCCUACUAAGAGAGCCACUAUGUAUGGGGUCAUGAAUGACAUUCACAGAGCAGGAACCAUCUUAAAUGCAUCCAGUCCAAAAGAACCCACUAAGGCUCCUGUAAAUAACAUCACUGCCAAAAACCCAUCUCCUUCACCAGUUCACAGAGAUGUCACCCCAUUCAACAGGGACAUUCUACCAGUCAAUAAUGAUCCACCACGGUUUACUGGAAGAAGAUCUCCAUCUCCUUCACCAGUUCACAGAGAUGUCACCCCAUUCAACAGGAAUAAUCUACCAGUAAAUAAUGAUCCACCACUGUUUAUUGGAAGAAGAUCUCCCUCUCCUUCACCAGUUCACAGAGAUGUCACCCCAUUCAACAGGAAUAAUCUACCAGUAAAUAAUGAUCCACCACUGUUUAUUGGAAGAAGAUCUCCCUCUCCUUCACCAGUUCACAGAGAUGUCACCCCAUUCAACAGGAAUAUUCUACCAGUCAAUAAUGAUCCACCACGGUUUACUGGAAGAAGAUCUCCAUCUCCUUCACCAGUUCACAGAGAUGUCACCCCAUUCAACAGGAAUAUUCUACCAGUAAAUAAUGAUCCACCACGGUUUACUGGAAGAAGAUCUCCAUCUCCUUCAAGAUGGGAGCCAGCACCCAAACCAGAACCCAAACCAGAGGCCAAACCGUACCAAUUUCAGACAAGACUGACCAACCUUCCCUCAUCGAUGCUGGCAGAGAACAAAAACCAAGCUCUCACCCCAGCACGUAAAACCAACAUCACACAGGAUGUCAUGAAGAUGAAGCUGUACGAAGAAGCUGCUAAAGAUUUUCCCUUUGGCCUCCCGCCCACCGGGAAGGUGGUGGUGCAACACUUUCAGGAGAAAGAUGGAGAGGUUGACCAUUGGGAACAGAAAACAGUUGUGACCCGCGAUGGAAAGAUUGUCACAUAUGAUGACAUUACUCUUCACAAUAAAUAGGACGUCUCAGGAUAUCUCCUGGAAAGAACUCCCAAACUGAUUCAUUGGUUGGAUACAACCAGAAGAAUUUCAGGAUUUUAUUAGAUUUUUUCAACACGUUAAACUUUUAUUUGAGACAUCACAAGAGAAGAAGAACAUUUUGUUAGCCUUUUUUUAAUUUAGAUUUAAAUUUAGAUUGUUUUACAUUUUCAGACAUUACAUGCCUCUAUGCUUAAUCCUUUCCUUGUGAAUAAAGUUUCUCUAAAACCAAAAA